GUCUGAGUUCAUAAAUGAAGUGAUAUGUUACCAGAAGGUACACACCAUCACGAGGUCUAGCAUUGAUCAGUUUGCGAGGAAAACGUUGGGAAAAUUAACACGAACAAUUUAAGAUGAAUACACCGCUACUGGCAUCGUUCUUGUUGAUAUUUUAUCCUUUGGUUUGUGAUUCGGCAACAUCGAAAGAAAUUAAAUUGGAAAAAACACUCAAAGGCAUACUUGACAAAAUUUACACACUUGGUAUGGAGGUGGGAAAGGGUGAAGAAAUUGUGAAAUUCUAUACAGAGAACUGUGUAUUGAUUAAUCAAGGUGUUCCGGCAAUAAAUGGCAAAGCAGAGUUGUUACAUCUCUACAAAACCGUUUUUAAUAGAACAACAAUUAUUAAAAAGGUUAACGUUUUUAUGGACGACGUUUAUGACAUGGGAGACAUUGUUACUCUUAGAUACCACGCGACCAACCAUAUAGCAGAUUGCAGUGCCCUUUACACUACUCGACUAAUCAUCGUUUGGAAAAAGAUCAAGGGCAAAUACUUGAUUCACAAUCAAGUUUCAAAUGAGCGAGAGAACAUGUGUCCUAAAUGAUUGUUAAACUCAGCAUUGGAGGAAACAAGACACUACUUUUAUUUGUCUUAUUACUAAAUUUCUAGAUAAAAUGAGCUUUGAAGACCAUAACCGUUGUAGACUUUCAUUUUGAAACAUAUUUAUUACAAAAUUUUCUUGUCUCCGUCUAAA